AUGGCUCCACAUAAACAUCCUAAACUUCAAUGUGUACAAACUAUUGGAAAGAUGGUUACAAAUAUUGAUGAUGAGUUUCAAUUCAGGGGAAGAGUUCCAGGUUUUCCAGUUGAUGUCAAACUUUCGUAUAAUCAUUCUUGCAUUCUGAUUGCUGACUUUUACAAUAAUUGUGUUCACCUUCUUGAUAUUGAUACGAAAGCCUUCAAGCUUUCAAUACUCAUUCCAAUAAGCCCACUUUUAAGAAUCCUAGUUGAAGAAAAUUACAUUUCGAAUAGAGACGCCUUAAUAGUUUCGUCGAACGAUGAAAUGCUCAAAUAUGAUCUCGGUCAUUUAAUAGAAUCAUCAAUUCAGAAAAGAUAUUCUGAUUGUUUAUGGAGAAUAUACGCAACUAGUGAAUUUAUGGGAAUGACACUUGUCAAAGAAAAGGAUAGAAAUUCGAUUUAUGUUUGUGGUUCACCAAAGAAUAGUAUUGCAAAGAUUGACAGUUUGAGAGGAGUUAUGGAUGAGGAUGAUUCGUUCACUGUAUUUGAUGGGUUUCAACCAGUAAUUAAUUCAGAAGAUAAUUCAAUGAUUGUUGGUAUUCGAAACAAUACGACAUUAAAUUUAUUCGAAAUUUAUUCACAAAAUGAAAGAGGCGAUUGGUGCAUUCAUGAUUCUAUCCCAAAGGAAGAAAUAUUCUCAUUGCCUCAAGAUGAAGAUAUAUCCUUUUCCUUUCUUCUAGACGAAACAAAUGAAUACAUUAUUCUAAACAAGGAAGGUCAUGGUUUAUUAUUAAUUAGUUUACAAAAUGGUCACAUUGUUGAUUCGUUUGAAAAUAGACAACAUGGAGCAAAUAUUGGUGGAAUGUGUUUCAAUUCCAAAAAUGGUGAAUUACUUGUUUGUGAUGCUCAAUAUGGAGUUGUAAGAAUUUUCAAUUGUAAAUUAGAAGAACAAUUAUCCUAA